CUCCACAACCGGUUGUAGCCUGUCUUGUUGCCUUCCAGACAGUGUGUCUGGGAGACAGAGUGUCUGCCUGGGUGUGCGUGGCGUCCUCUUGUUCUUGUGGUGGGUCUGGUUGCUCCUUGUUGUGGGCUCUAUUGGGUUGGUGCAGGGUCUGGAUGAUGACCGGCGGUCCAGCAUUGAACCUGGAUCUGCAGCAAACCACCAUGACGGCGCAACCCGAAACCAUGCACUGUAAAACACAGCACCACAGCCACAGCCAGAAGCAUGGCGAUAAUCACAAGGCUAAUUACGGCGCUAAGCCGGACCUCAACCAGCAGCAGCAGCACGAGGCCGUCGACGUCGCUUGCCCGCCUGCGCCGGAGCAAGAGCAGAUGCGGCCUGGGUUGCCGGACUUCUAUCGCCAGGGCUCCACGCCGCACAGGAGCCAGCACGGACACGAGGUGCACAUAAGUCCACGCACGUCACACGUCGGGUCGUUUGCUGCAGACUCGCAGCCCGGCUUGGACUUCAAAGAUAGCCCGACCAGGGCAGCCAGGGAGAAGGAGCGGGCAGCAGACUACUACAGCUACGGCAGCGGCACAGGCAACCGGCUCGCACACCGCAGAAGCUGGAGCAGAGCCAGCAGCAGAGCCAACAGCAGAAGAAGCAGCGUCUCCGGCAGCGGCAACAUCAGCAGCAACAUGGCGACGCUGUCCAUCUCGCCCAUCGGCACUCCGAUCGACACAAACGCCUUGGACGCCAUGGAGAAGGAGCAGGAGGGCAUUGUCAUGAGGCUGAUGCACGAGAUACAGACCUUGAAGGACGAAAACAAGAUGUUGAAGAACAUGUUGCGCACCAGCUCCGUGUCCUCCGCCAACACAGAGUCCUCGCCCUCUCCGAUCUCCUCCGGCUCCUCCGUGUCCUCUCUCUCGUCUCCCUCAACACCCUUCAUGAGCCAGCAGCGCCGAGCAACGUUCACCACCAUGACCAACAUGAAGAGGGUCCCGGCCAACCUCUCCUACGCAAACUCGAACGGCAGCGUCACCAACGUCAGCACCUUCCCCAGAUCCAGAUCGGGUUCCUUGUCGAUGAACUGGAAGGCUUCCACCCUCUCUCCAAAGCUCUCCGGCGUGCCGAACAUCACCUUGACCGAGUCAUUCCCCUUUGAUACCGAAUACUUCUCUCUCACCCCACACAGAAGCAGCUUCAGAAACCCGAGCGGGGCUCUGUCGCUCUCGAUCCCGCAUAAGAUUCUUUCCUAUUCAAACAAUAACGAAGAAGCUAUAGACGAUGCUAAUCUAGAUCAACCAUGGGAAAGUCCCCAUGAUAACCACCAGCCGCCUCAGCAGCGCCAGCCCAUCACAAAGGGCUCUGUCGAAGAUUCAGGGCCAGAGCCCAGCAAACUCAAGCCGUUUAAGAAGUUGCACAAAAGAUCUGUUUCUGACACUACCGACUGCAGCAUCUCGAAGCAGUACAAGCUCGACUCAUUGGCAAUCCAACAAAGUCGUGGCCGUGAAGGCAAACCCGUCGACGGCACUGUGAGCUCAGGCUUGAUGAUCAGACACUUCGGUGGUAAAUAAGCGCUUUUCCUACACAACCCAAUCUUAGAAUAUACCUCUAUUCUCCUUUUCUACCCCUCAACUAUCAGCUCCCUUUAUUUUACAGUUCUACUCUUUAUCUUGCCUCUCAACUCUGCUUUAAUUUUCGUUCACUCACGAAUUCAUGCUUACUUUCAUCCUCCAUCAAGCCCGAUCCACCUUCGGUUUGCCCCCCUUUUGAUUUCCAGUUUUUCUUUUUGAUUUUUACAACUUCCUUUUCUAAACUAACCAGACCCUUCCAAACUAUUUAAGACUAUUUAUCUACAGCCUAUAUACACUUUAUAUCAUAAAGCAUACCCAACAAUCCU